CCCUGAAACUAGUGGGCCCCAGUGCUGGAAGAUGGUGGAAGGGCCAGGUUGCACUCUAAAUGGGGAGAAAAUUCGGGCGCGGGUGUGCCCGGGCCAGGCGGUGACGGAAGUGCGGGGAAGCGCUCUGCAGAGACUGGGGGACCCCUGGUUGCCUCACGCAGCCUCGGUGGCUGCCGUCUCUUCCCAGGCUAAUAAUAAAGCUUCCAGCCGGAAUUUCUUGAAACUGUUCAGUGGACACGUGUACAGUGGCGUGGAAACGUUGGGGAAGGAACUCUUUAUGUACUUCGGGCCAAGAGCUUUACGGAUUCAUUUUGGAAUGAAAGGUUCCAUCAUGAUUAAUCCACCUGAGCAUAAAAAUAAAAAUGGAGUUUCUCCUGUGUUGGAAGUGCAGCUCACCAAAGAUUUGAUUUGUUUCUUUGACUCAUCAGUAGAACUCAGAAACUCAACAGAAAGCCAACAGAGAAUAAGAAUGAUGGAAGAAUUAGAUGUAUGUUCACCUAAAUUUAGUUUCUCACGGGCGGAAAGGGAAGUGAAAAGGCAGACAGGACGGAUGCUCUGUGAUGUGUUAAUGGAUCAGAGAGUGCUGCCUGGCGUUGGCAACAUCAUAAAAAACGAAGCUCUUUUUGACAGUGGUCUCCAUCCAGCUGUUAAAGUUUGUCAGUUAACAGAUGAACAGACCCAUCACCUUGUGAAAAUGAUACGUGAUUUCAGCAUUCUUUUUUACAGGUGCCAUAAAGCAGGAUCUACUAUCUCUAAACACUAUAAGGUUUACAAGCGUCCGAAUUGUUGUCAGUGCUGCUGCAAAAUAACUGUGUGUCGCUUAGGGGAGAAUAACAGAAUGACAUACUUCUGUCCUCACUGUCAAAAAGAAAAUCCUCAGCAUGUUGACAUAAGUGAACUUCAAUUUAAUAUGACAGAUGGUACUUGUGCAUUAACUGCUCACAGACCUCGCUGCAGUAAACACAACCGCCUCUGCGUUCUCCGAGUUGUGAGGAAGGAUGGCGAAAACAAGGGCAGGCAGUUUUAUGCUUGUCCUCUACCUGGAAAAGCACAGUGUGGAUUUUUCGAAUGGGCAGAUCUGUCCUUUCCGUUCUGCAACCACGGCAGACGCUCUAUCAUGAGAACCGUGUUGAAGAUUGGACCUAAUAAUGGAAAGAAUUUUUUUGUGUGUCCUCUUGGUAAGGAAAAACAGUGCACUUUUUUCCAGUGGGCAGAACAUGGGCCAGGAGUAAACGUUAUUCCAGGAUGUUAAUAUUUUCUCUUUCUGUAGAAUAUCUGGCAUUUAAUCUCUUCACACUACUAUGUAU